UCAGCGGCAGCGGCUGAGAUCGACCUGUCGGAGGAGACAUGGAUCCCCAGUAAGAUAAGCGAGCGUUCCAGCCAGGAGGGGUGCAAGAGGUGUGCUAUGGCUCUUUGUUCUGAGGUUUGUGCUUCAGGCUCAGGAGGAGACUCUUCAGGCAGCGAGGGGGGCUCCAGCUGUCUUCAGUUUGGAGUUCGUUCCUAUCUGCAUCACUUCUAUGAGGAAUGCUCAUCCUCCAUGCGGGACAGAGACCCGGAGGAUCGAGGGUCCGUUCAGAGCCAGAGGUCAGCCCUGUGGUGGAACUCAGCAGUCUGGAAGGUGUCCUUGGCUCUGGGCUUCUUGGUUCUGACUGCAGGCGUCGUGUCUCUGUCGGUCAGGUACUCCACUCCCCACAAAAUUGAGUCUUUUGGAGAAGGAGACCUGUUCUUUGUGGACACCCAGGCCGUCAGCUUCAACAGGGGGCUGUACCUCAGCUUUGCGGCCGGGGUCGGCCUGUCCUGCCUCGGCUCUGCGCUGCUGGUGAUGGGGAUCGUUGUCUGGAUCUUCCCCAGGACCAGCCUGAAAGAGAGGCUGUUCCACAGGUUGAGAAAAGCGGAGCGGAGUGACGAGCUCGGGUCAAAGUCAGGGGGAUUUAAGGAUGUGGGCGAUGUGAUUACUAAGCCCCCCGACACAGAGGACAGGAAGAUUCCCUUUACUAUGUCCAAGGUGAAGAAUGUGCAGCCCCCUUCUUAGAGAAUCCACCACUGGCCCACAGGUUGUACAGGCUUGUGACCUUGUUGACAUGGUCUCCCCGUCGUCUGUGAUCUGUUUUCCUGUGAUCUUAAUAUUAUACAGACUUCAAACAUGAGCAGAGUACUUUGACCCCUACGACGUGACGGAACACGUUUUUGCUUUUUACCUUUUAGGCCCGAUGCAACAUCUGCGUUGCAUCCACAUUUUAAAGACACACGAAGGAUUACGUUUUCUGAAAUAUUAAUAAACAAGAGGGAAAUUACCAUCAGAUUGUAGAAGCUAAACGUCUCUUCAGUUUCUUGCUUCAGUAGUUAUUAUUUUUUUCUUUGAAGGCCAGACUUGGUGUCUAAAGGCUUUUUUGUUUUAUAAAACCUUGGGUUAUUAAUGAAGAGGUGAAAAUUUAAUCAGAAGAUCUGGAUUCUUUUUAAUGAAUAUAAAUUAAAUGGCAUUAAGGAAACGGAACAAAUCACCCAGUGACCUUGAUCCUCUUGUCUUUUACUCCUGACUGUGCAUCAUAAAGACAUAAUUGUUGACCGUGGAAGUUUUUUAGUUUCGUGCACUAGUGUUGUGUUUGAAAGACACGCAAAGCAACGUCUCACUGGGAAGAGUUGUAGAGAAGGAUCAAACAAGUGAUCAAAGUAAUGGUGAAAUGGAAGUAAGCGUUCCUUUAAUUGUACGGUUUUAUGCGUUGGGACAUAAAGAAAAUCAUCUGGUUUGACCAGAUCUCACAAUUCAUUAAAGCAACAACGUAUAACAGUUUGUGUCAUCAUUUUUUUAACACAAACAAAGUUGUCUUUUGUAUCAAUAUUUCAUCACUUUUAACCA